GUCGAACAGACACUCCGCUAUUCCCCCCACGAGAUUCUAAGGAACCUCAGAGACCAUCGGCAGCGCUCGAGGGAGAGAGGCUGGCGGUAUCCGUGGAGCAUUGCCCAGCGCGCCGUCAAACGUAUCCCCCUCGACGUCUACGUCAGAGCCCACGCCGGGGCCUACGCAGGAGUUCACGCAGAGGCCCAUGUCAGAGCCCGCAUCACCAUCCAGCUCUGGGUCAAACGACCUCGAGCCUGCGUCCUCACACCGUACUGGCGGCACCUCAAAGAAGUCCUCGCCGUUACCGUCCACUCCGCACCCCUCUAGUCCGUCGUCGCAUCAGCACCAGUCGACCGCUCUCCGCGAUGAUGAUAUCGAUACUCAUAGCCUCUCUGGGAUACCUACCGCUCACAGCCUUUCUGGGGUACCUACCACAUCGACACCGAUUCGGAAGGGCCACACGACGACUCAGCCAUUCACUUCUAACCACUUGUACAAUGAUCCAGCAUACAUGCGUGCGGCAGAAGAAUUGAAAGGAAAGUUCGUGGAGAUACCGACCCGUGAAUUGCUCGAUCGACUUCGAGUUCGUGAUGGCUCAGGGAUGCCAACCCCGCAGCAUGACCUUGGGCCGCUGAAGAAACUUAAAGAUGUUACACUGGAAGACCAAUCUUAUAAUUUAUUUAUCAAGGCGAUGCAACCCUGCCUGGGUAAGGGCUGGAAAUUGAAGGAUAUCCACAACCACGCAGAUCCAGACUCGAAAACGCCCUUGGGCAACAGUGACGUAAAACCCGAUCUUGCGCUCUACGCUCCCGACAUGUACGAUGACGCUCGGCCCUGUCGGUCAAAAACGGCAGCGCUGUUCGGCGAAGCCAAAAUACUCGAGAAGAGCGAGCCUUUCCGUCUGCCACCUGAAGCCAGCUCUGAACCCUUGGAGCGCAAAACGGAGACUGCUCAGCAGACGCGAGGACAGCUCACUGUGUAUCAUAAUGCCAUACAGGCAGCUCAGCAGCGCACACGCGUCUAUUCCUUUUACUAUCGCAAAAACUUCGCUCGCCUUCUCUGCCAUUCUCGUAGCGGCACCGUAGUGACACCCUUGAUCGACAUGACCAAGAGCAACGAAGUCCCUGAAUUCUUUUGGCGGUUCACUCGGGCUUCGUCCGCUGAGCGUGGGCUAGACACCACCUUCGAGCGCGCUCCUGACGAUGACCCUCAUGUCUCCUCCGCUCGCAUAUCUCUUAUUCUCAAGGUCGAUGAUCCAGUCUUCAAGGUCUCCGUUGGCUCUUACGCGUUCUACAUCUCAAGCCCAUUCACUUCCACCCAUGGAUAUCCAGUCGGUCGCGGUACUCGAUGUUACGAAGCAUACAACCCCGUAACCGGGAAACACGUCCUUCUGAAAGACACUUGGAGAUAUGCAGAGUACCCUCCGGAGCACGAAAUCUACGGAAAGCUCCGUGACUCGGGCGUUUCGAACGUUCUUGGGGUCGUUGCUUGGGGAGACGUCGAGGGCCCUCUUCAGACUUGCGGAGGUGAUGGCGGGCUCCGAGAGCUUAUUCACUAUCGAAUCGUCUUGGACAAGGUUGGGCAAUCUCUCACCGAGUUCAACUCGACUUAUCAGUUUAUAACUGUGAUUCGGGACGCAUUGCGAGCACAUCGAGAGGCGUCGCAGGCGGGAAUCCUUCACCGGGACAUAUCCGUCGGCAACAUCGUCAUUGUUGAAGGACGAGGCUAUCUUAUUGAUUGGGAGCUCGCCAGUCUAGGUGACACGCCAACGAGGGCUAGCGAACGCACGCCCUUCUCAAAAAUCCUAUGUAGCAAACACCACGAGAAAAGCGAUGACAUCGAGUCGUUCUUUUGGGUGAUGCUGUGGAUCGCGAUCCGACAUGCGCCCAACUGCCUCACAGCCAACUACCGCCUCAAACUGUUAUCCAACUUUGAUUUUAGCAAGACCGAGGACCCGGAAAUAGACAAGAUCAUGUGGACAGGCCUCG